ACGUCUCCUGGUUCCCAGUCAGAGUUGGUGCUUGUCUCACUGUAUUGCAACCUCUGUACUGUCGCUCCAAUAUCCCUCAUUGUCUGGAAGUUCCUGAUGAGAUGGCGUCGUCAGGUCAACUCUAAUAGUGACCGGACCCCGAUCUACAGCAGAACCUGCAUCUCAAGCGUGUGCCUCCUCAUCAUCUGCACCUACCUGCCCUCAGACUUCAUCCACAUGCUCCAGCUCCUCUACCGACUGCAAAUACUGCCCAACCUCAAGUGGGCGGAUCAGAGUGACACAGAAGCACUACACAAGUUGUUACUGUCAGAAAACUUGAAGAUGAUUUCAGAUAUCUUCAAGUAUAUCUUUGUUGGCUUGUUCCCAUUAUUCUUGUUGGUGUCGAAACAGUUCAGAGCCCUUCUAGCAGUUGAGGCUUACAGAAAAAGAGAGUUUCUUGUGAAACGUAUUUCCCGGAUUCUCAAGGCUGAAGCUGGCAAAAGGAGCUCUGUUAUUUCCGUGACAUCUGCCGGCGGUGCUCAACGGUCCUUCUCUGUUGUCAUUAACGAACACCACCUCUGUCUACACGCUCACGAGUUGAAUGAACUUCGUGCUGAUUUCCAGCAGGAGUGUCUGCCAAAUCAGUCUUGUCUUGUGAAAAGUAGCCUGGAGUUGGUGAAGAUCCCCCUGGAUUGUGACUACACGACUGAUUAUACUGAUCAUGUGAAUAGCGUUGCUCGAAUGGCGGAUUGUAAUGCCCCUGCUAUUGAUUUGUCCUGUCUCAAGAUAGACCUUCAUCAGCUGCAUACCACGUUUGACGAGUUUUGUGUAGGCUGUGUCCGAGAGAAGCACACAAAAUUAAAAGAAUGCAAAAAGAAGAAAAUCGUCAAAAUAAGACCUGGUAGAUUGAUCAGUGACAAUGAUAAGAAGGAUGUAGGAGUAAAGACGAAGCAUGAUAAGUGUACCAAGUAUAAAGUUAAGGGUACCGUGGUUAAAACGAACGUAAAUGCUGGUGACCGUGAAGGCAAGGACCGGCGAAUAACCACCACAUCACUUGGUCAAGUUGAGCUCUUUCAGAUUGAGAAUACUAUAACCAACCAAGGGACAGGGCCAGUAUUGGUCGAUGCAGUUUAGCAACUGCGCUCUUCAUAAUUAUAUCAUCUCUGAACUUCAUCUCGAGUUUCUAAACUAGCAUCUCUGAAAUUCAUAUCGAGUUU